CCCUCUUUAUGACCUUUGAGGGAGGUGCUCGUCACUCACUCCCUUCCUCGUCUAUCCCCAAAUCAGGUGUGAUAAAAUUUCAGCUAACAGCCUGCGAUAAGAUGCCCUGCGGCGGCGAGGGCUGCCGGCGACCAGCCAUGAGAUCUAGGGGCUUGAAUCGUGGAGCCAAGGCUCCAUUGGUUGCGGCCGGCGGAGCACUCACUCUUUCGCGAUGCCGCCAUGGGGAAAUGGUGGCGACAAUUGAUAGUAGAGCCGGGAUAAAUCCCUGCAUCAGUUUGGAAGAAAGGCUGCUCCUUUGUGAUACCAGGAAGAAGGAGAAGAAGGUGCAGACUACGGAAUUGCCAGAGGAGCUUGUCUUUGAGAUCCUGAUUCGACUGCCGGUCAAGUCUCUCCGGCGCUUCAAGUGCGUCAGCAAGGCCUGGUGCACGACGAUAUCUGACCCCUCCUUCAUCCGCUCGCACCUCCAGUUCUCUGCCUCCAGAUGGGAGAAGCACCCCUCAUUGCUCAUCACCCCGCAUACGCUGGAUCGUGUCGUCCAAGGUGAGAACUGGCCAACGACUUUCUCCAGCAACAUCCGCUUCUACCAGUGGCAGCAAGGUGCCUCCAAGGUGAGGCUCGUUCAUGGCAGAGACUUUGACGGAGAGUUCAGUUCAGUUUGCUGCUUUGCCCACUGCGACGGCUUGGUGAUUGUGCCCACGGAUACUAAGGUGUACCUCUUCAACCCGGCCACUAGGGAUGUUGUCACGCUGCCAGAGACUAGCCGUGACAUGAUGGAGGGUGAUGUCAACCUCCCUGUGGGGUUCGGGCGCGAUCCUCGCACUGGCAUGUACAAGGUAGUUCGGUCCUUCUUUCGUUCCAUAGAUCCUGAAACAGGCAUCUACGACAUGGGAAUGGAGGUGUGUACCAUUGGCAGUGGCAGCCGUGCUCCUUGUUGGAGGGAAGUGGCGGCGGAUCAACCAUAUCCUGUCGCGGGGUGGAUAACUGCCCAGUGUAUCAAUGGGGGUGUGUAUUUUGUCAUUGACACGAGCUGCCUCAAGCCGCGUCCACAUGGCAUUCUGCGCUUCAGCUUGGCAGAUGAGACGUUCAGUGUCACCCGUUUGCCUGAUGAAUUGGACCCUGAAGAGUUUGAAUCUUAUAACUUGGAUGUGAUGCACGGGGAGUUAUGUUUGAUUGGCAGGCGUGUUGGGCUUGGGCACUCUGAGGAGCGUCCUCUCACGAUCUGGGCGCUGGUAGAAGAUGACGGGCCAAGGUCCCUAUGGGAACCACGCUACACGAUGUAUGUCACGGACCUGUGCCAUCCGAUCGCCCUUAUUCCAAGCAGCAGCGGCUGUGGCGUGAUGGUGAUAUGGCUAACGAACAAACUGUAUUACUACGAUCUACAGUCAAACGAACUGACAGUCGCGUCUGAGUUGGAAAGCCUGAGAUUCCAGCGUCGUAGGUCACGCACAUUUGAGUCUGCUGGGAAGGAUGCAUACUUCUUCAACGUCAUACCCUACACCGAAAGUCUCGUUCCACUUAGUGCAGACUCAAAUACCAUCCCUUCAUUUCCAUCUAUCUAAGAGCACCUCCAGCCGUUGGAGGCCCCGGGGCACAAUCCGAAUGAAAAUUGGUCCGAAUUAGACCUAUUUUUAGCAUGGGGAGCUACACUUUUCCAGCCGUCUCCCCACACACGGCGCUAGUGAGGAUGCCAAGGAAGUGUUCGACCGGCAUUGACCAUGUUGGCCACGCACCCGACGGUGGUGCAGUGUCGGCGGUGAAGAAGGCCGGUGGCGAAAAAGCCCAUGACUAGCUGCAUCUCCACCACCAGCGCGUACGUCACCAUGCGCCCGCCGCCCCGCUUGUAGGUGAGCUCCACGAGCGGCAGCACCAGCACGUACAGCGCGGCGGCGCCGAGGCUGAGGAAGAAGCCCAGCCAGUACCAACCCGGCCGGCCUUGGACCGACCCGGCCGUCUGCGAGCUCAGUCCUGCCUGUCGUGCUCUAGCUCAGCCAGGUCCCGACAUGGCCGCCCGCGAGCUCCGUCCUGCCCGUCGUGCUCUAGCUCGGCAAGGUGGGGAAAAGAUCGAGGAGAGAGAAGGGCGGUAGGUGGGGAGAAAAAUCAGAAGAGAGAGGAGACUAGUCCCUGACAGCGGGUCACGCAGACGAGAAUCUUUCAUCCGGAGCCCCCAACGGCCCCGUGGGGGACCGGGGUUGGCGUGGGGAGUCUGGGUGGAUAUAAGUCCAAAUCCGGGUGAAAUCGAGACUGGAUGCAUGACUAGACCGUUUUACGCCGUCCGGAUGAAAAAAUUUGGUCCUAGGAGCCUACACGGGGGCGUGGCUGAAGGUGCUCUAAGUGCAUGUAUAAUGGGGUGAUGUCAGCCUUCCCUUAUGAUUACCACGUAGGAUUGUUGCUUAAUUGGAGAGAAAAUGGGGAAAGAGAAGGUUGUCUUCCCUUAGCUAAGGGAUGAUCUCUUAUGAAAUAAGAGAACACUAUUUUCCCCAUUGUACGAAUUGUCUUCCCUUAGCCAUACAAUUUCCUGGUUAAAAUAAUUCAUUCACAUUUAUUAUAAGGGAUGACAAUAAGAGAUAAUACAUUGUACCUCUAAUUUU